UUUUUUCGGCUGAUCAAAGCCUAGUAGUAUUGAUAUAUUCAAGAAACUAAUUAAAAAAAAAGUUGGUAUAAUAUCUUUUGAAAGAUGUCCCCAUCCUCCCGUGCUCAUAAAGCGGCAAAACGCCCUCAUCUCCGUAGUCUCGUAUGUCCCAUCUCAAAUUUACAGUUCGUAACAAGUUCAUUUCUCAUAAAAUGCAACCCGAUUUUUGUUUGCUUUGCUUUGCUUGCUUGCUUGCUUGCUUUCCCAAUGAAAAUGCUACUUCAAAAAAAAAAAAAAAGAGAAGAUAAAGGGGAAAAAAAAAAAAAAAAAAACUCCUCUCCCUAUGCCUCGUAUCGCACCCUAUUGCCAUUUUUCUCCUGUUUCUAACAGGACUUUGGCUAUAAAUACAUGAAAGCUUUAUUAUUUUUCUUCUUCUUCUUCUU